ACGGUCCUUAUGAACCCCGACAAGCAGUUCGACGCGUUCGGGUUCGAGGCGGAGGCCAAGUACAAGUCGCUCUCGCUGCACAACCGACACAGGGACUGGUACUACUUCCGGCACUUCAAGAUGAACCUCCAUCACACCCGGGAGCUGACCAGGGACAUGCUGCUCACGGACGCAAGCGGAAAGACAAUGAAAGCCAUGAUCAUCUUCGCAGAAGCCAUCAAAUACGUAAAGGUUCACCUGCAGAAGAGGCUUCGAGAAGGCCUCAACGAGGACGUGUUGCCCCGGGAGAUAUGCUGGGUCCUUACCGUGCCUGCCAUCUGGCGUCAGUCCGCCAAACAGUUCAUGAAGGAGGCGGCGUCUAAGGCCGGUAUCCCCGGGGCGCAGCUGAGUCUGGCGUUGGAGCCCGAGUCUGCGGCGAUCUACUGCAAGGAGCAGGCGCUGAGCCGCGUGGGGGGAGUGGACGGCGUCUACUUGCGCGCCUUCGACCCCGGCGAGAGGUACAUCGUCGUCGACUGUGGUGGGGGUACAAUAGACACCACGGGGCAUGAGGUGCUGGCGGAUGGGACCCUAAGGGAGCUGCACGCGGCAACGGGCGGACCAUGGGGAGGGACGCUCGUCAACGAAGCGUUCGAGCAGUUUCUUGCAAAGAUGGUGACUCCCCCUGUGUUUGAGCGGUUCCGAGCCGAGUGCGCGAGCGACUGGAUCGAGCUGGAGCGAGACUUCGAGAAUGCCAAGCGCGGCUUCUCCUCUAGUGCGGGCGAGACGGACCUGCGCUUCCCGCCCGAGCUGGGCCGGAUGUACCAGGAGAGCCAGAAACUGGACCUCCGGGAGCGGCUCAAGGAAGACAAGUACAGGAAAGGUGUGGAGCUAGUAAAAAACAACCUUCUCAUAAAGCCCGUCGUCAUGAAGGAGUUCUUCCGGGCAGCCACCGCUCAAAUCAACGCGCACAUCGGGGAUCUGCUUAAGAAGAGGGAGCUUCGGGACGUGUCCACGCUGCUCCUAGUCGGGGGCUUCUCCGAGUCCCGGAUAGUCAGCGAGGCAGUGCGGGAGUUCCAUUCUCGCAUGCGCGUGAUCAUCCCGGAAGGCGGAAGUCUUGCCAUCCUCAAGGGAGCCGUCAUGUUCGGUCUGAACUCCCGAAUCAUCGCAGAGCGCGUCAGUCCUUACACGUACGGCGUGCAUACCCGGAAGUUCCUCGCGACGGGAAAUGGCUACCCAGCGUCGUCUCUUAAGAAAGUGCAAGGUCGGCUCCUAGUCGAUAAUGCGUUUGACAAACACAUAGAAAUAGGUGAACGUGUUUACAUCGGUGGUACAUCGGUGGAACGAAAGUAUGUUAUAAGCAACAGGAGGAACAGGUCGGUGUUCUGGAACGUGUUUCAGUCGACACUUCGUGACCCAUUGUUGUGUGAUUUUGACAAUGGCUGUGUGUAUCUUGGCAAGCUGACGAUAGAGAUACCACAAGAGAUUGUGGAGGAGCGCGUGUCCCUGCGCCUCAGUAUGACUUGCAGGGGGUCGGAGCUGGAGGCCCGCGUAAUGGCCCAGGACCAGGGCCUGUCAUGCGGGGCCGUGUUCGACUUCCUGGACACGGACAUUACCGGAAGUGACGUCUCUGUCGACCUCGAUGAGGUGCAUGUAGACUGAGAUUGCUACUAUGGUAGUCAUAGCUAUGAAGCAUCGCAACAUAUAUUUGAAUACGUGUAGUUCAAUACUGUGCAAACCGUGUUUGUGAUCUCUGUUGAGAACAAUUAACCACGCUGAUCAACUUUACCAUUCCACGUGUCGUCAAGUGCCUGUGCCAAAAUACAACAUGAAGUUUUAAUUAUUGGCACUGAAUCAAAUUCAGAUCGGAAAUGUAGACCUUACCAAAGAACUGUUGGUAUUUCUCAAUUUAAGUAUUAUUAUGACAGUAUUUUAUAUACUCACAAAAUGGCUCUGUAACAUACAACGUAGCCAACUUGUCACAUUUAAAAUACAUGUACUGUAGAGUCCCUCGAAUUGCUUUACACCACUUGAUUUUUUAUUCCAAAGGAGGAAAUAUUCAAAUGCUCAUUCUAUUAGUAAUUCACUGAAAAAUCAACAAGGAUUUUAUUAAUUAAAGUACCGGGUAUUUCUCUAGAAGUGCUGACAUGCUGUGGUCGAUUUUCUUAACCGAUACUCAAAUAUGCUGGUAAACAAUUCGAAACUGUUGGUGAAAAGCAGCGCAUACAUGUUUUGGUUUAAAUCUUAUUAACCAAUAACAACAAUACAUAGGAACUUUUCAAUAUGUUUGUAUUCCACUUUCAUACAUUAUCACAAUUAACACAUCAUAUAUGGAAAAAUAUAUAUGCAUUCAUUAACAUUGUUAACAUUCUUACAGUUAGCCUGUCAUCUGCCAAAUGCAAAUUUUAUGAACUACAUGUUUAUAUUUUGUAUAGAAUUAUAUUUAAGUGAUACAUUUCCACUUAGAAAUUGAAGAGCCCUUCAAUACAAGACCUAAAAAAAAUUCCUGUGAAAUAAUAUUACUAUAAAAUAACUGUCAACGUUAACAACCCCAUUCAUAACAAUAAUACAAUCUUGAGCACAUGACAUCUGCAGCGGAACUGAUUCACAUGACAUUACAAACUGCUCCAUAUGUGCCUCGCCCUGAGAAAAUGGGGUGAAAUGCAUGUGCAUAAAUUGCAAUACCAGAUUAGCCUGUGAAGUCUGCACAGGCUAAUCAAGGGUGACAUUUUUCACUUUAUAUGUAUUUUUUGUUUCAAAGAAGU